GCAAGGCCCGCCCGCCAGGCACCGCACAAACCUCGCAGUUGCCGCUUCGAGCGACCAUAGCCGCGCGACUUGAGCGUUCACGGCCCCAACUUUCACCAGCUGAAGUGGGUAGCCCCACAUGGGAUUUGGAGGACGCAAUAACGCCAGCGUACUGAAGACCACGACGUGGACGGGAGAUUUUGCCACGACAGCGACAAGGUCAAUGGGGUCAACACGGUCAACGAUGCCGAUGGACACGACUGAGGCUUUACUUCAGGGCAUCGCCCAGUGGCUUUCGCUUCUUCAGAUGAGUCAUGACCUUCACCGACAGAAAGUGGAUGAGAUGAGGCGGGUGGCUGAUGGGGGGAACACAAUGCCAUAUCUCACACACCAGAGCAUGAUGCAGAGCCUUGUGCACAUUAUUACGAAGCUGGAGGAGGGGCCAACUUCUUAUUUGGCAAGGUUUAUUGACCAGCAACAUGCGACAACUUUGAUGCGACACUGCUACACAGUCUUUGAGGAGGGGCAACCACUAUGCGCCGUGUCCAUGGACCACUGGUAUGAUCAGUUAGAUCUGGAGGAAGAGGAUGAUUCGCCAUCAUCACCCGCAACACCUACACAAGUGGCAGGAUGUCCAUGCAUCGGCAUCAACAGAAACAACAACAACAACAAUAACAACAACAACAUCAACAAUAAUGACAACAACGGCAAUAUCGUUGCUGCUGCUGCCGGUCCCUUUCAUGGCGAUUCUGACGACAACGGCAAUAUCAUUGCUGCUGCAGCCGGUCGCUUUGAUGGCGAUUCUGGCGAGAUUGGCAGCAUCAUCAAUCAUGACAACACCAACAACAACAACACCGACAGCGUUGUUGUCGAUGUGAUCUCACGGUCGUGUGUUGAUGAAAGAGGCAGCAACAACAACAACAACAAUAACGAUGACAACAACAAGAACAACAACAACGUCAACAACAACAUCAACGCUAUCGCAGAGGCCGCCAGUUUUGGUAACGAGGAUUUUGACACUGGCGAGAUCGGCGGUACCAUCAGCUACAACAACAACAACAAUACUGAUGACGACAACGACAAUAAUAAGAGCAAUUACAAGACAAGGGUAAUUCAUUGAUGAAUUAGUAAUUACUAAUUCAUCUUUUAUUUUCAUACUACUUGCUAAUUACAGCAACGACCGAAU